AUGUCUUCACAAAAGCCUAUUUUUGAUCUCUACGAGUUUACCAACAAUUUAAGCAAAGAUUUUUUAAUUCAAAAUCAUGUAAAAUAUCAAAGCUUUUCAUAUAUUAAAGGUUCUGUAGGUGAGUUGCAAGUGCUUGAUACUCUCAAUAAACAUGGUGGCACCUUCUUUGCUAGGUUUCGUCACAAUAAAUUCAAGAAUGGGUAUAUCAACAUUCAAGGAUUCUUUAACGAUACCUAUUUUCUUAUUUGUGUCAAGUUUUGUGUUAGCAAAUUUGAUAGCUUAGAUUUUAUCUUGGCUUUCAAAGAUGCCGUGAGCAUGUUUGAGAAUGCAGCUGGGAUCUUUUUUUGCCCAUCAGGUAUCAAAGCAUCCUGUAGAAAAAAUCUUGGUAAUAUCAAACUCGUAGAAUCUUUGGAAGAGCUCUUGACAGUCAUUUGA